AAUAAUAAUAAAACAUUUUAGAUUAAAUAUAUCUAUAACAGAUGGCAAUAUAAUCGAAUAAGUUUAAACAGUAAUAAGUUAAUUCUCUUAUAAAAUCUUUAAAACAGAAAGGGGGGCUGGGGAGGUUCUAAGUUGUCAAACAGGAUUUUGGCAAUUUCUCGACAUAUUUAAAAAUGUAGUGUAACUUGUGCAUUGAAAAAGGUUGAAAAGAGAUUCAUAUCAAUGUUGAAGCAAGUUCAGAUGGGCCUUCGUGCGUUUCUUAUGUUGGCAUAUAAGAUUUGGAACUUCGUUUGUUAUGUUCUCCGCAAACAAGCAAGAACUGUGAUUCAACAUCAGACAGUAAAAUACAAUAUUUUACCUCUUUCACCACUUUCUAGACAUAGACUGAGUUUAGUCAAAAGAAAAAUGAUGGUUUUAGAUUUAGAUGAGACAUUAAUACAUUCGCAACAUGAUGGAGUUAUAAGAAACAUGGUGAAGCCAGGGACACCACCUGAUUUUGUUUUAAAAGUAAUUAUAUCUGAUCAUCCCUUGAAUAUUUUUGUUAGGAAAAAGAAUCACAUAUCUGCAAUAGUAGAGGUAGUUAGCCGGUGGUAUGAGCUUGUGGUAUUCACAGCUAGUAUGGAAAUAUAUGGAGCAGCAGUAGCAGAUAAGCUUGAUAACAACAAAGGAAUCCUAAGAAAGAGAUAUUAUAGGCAGCACUGUACUUUAGAUUAUGGAAGCUACACCAAAGAUCUUUCAGCCAUAACAGAUGAUUUAUCUAGUAUAUUUAUUUUAGACAAUUCUCCUGGAGCAUACAGGGCUUAUCCAGAUAAUGCCAUACCAAUAAAUUCCUGGUUUUCUGACCCUACAGACACAGCUUUGCUAAAUCUGUUACCAUUCCUUGAUGCUUUAAGGUUUACCAGUGAUGUUCGAUCAGUGUUAAGUCGAAAUCUACAUCACCACCAAAUAUGGUAGUUUCCAUAUGACAUAUUAUUGAGGAAGUUUAUAUGAAGAAAUAGGAUUUUUCUGAAAAUAUUCAAAUACAGAAUGAGUACCAUUUUAAGUUUUUUGUAUUAUGGACAUUAUAUUUAAGAGACAGAAUGUAGGCUGACAGUGUUGUGUCUUUUGCAAUAGAUCUAUUUCACAUACAUCUCUCACUCUGUAGAAGAUGUUUGAUGUUGCUGAUAAUACUAGACAGGUAAGCCUUGUCUAAAUUGCGAACAUGAGCAAUAAAUAUGUUUGAAAAAUGACCCUGCAUCAUAUUGUUCAAGCAGAUGAUGAUGAACUGAAGAAAUCAUUGUAAAAACUUAAAGGUAAAAUGGUGCCAAUACAACAGUUAAUGAUCAUGUUGACAUUAUUGUGGAGAGAAGCCUGAUUGUGCAAUUAAUCACAGGCUAGAUAAUGUCCUGUAGAAGAAUUAAUGAACAAAUUUUUACAUCAGAUAAAUUGUGCAGAAUGAACCUGAUAGAAAAUAUGAGCGUAAAUUAAGCAACUGAAUUUAAAAAUAGUUUAAUUCCAAAAUCAACAUAUUUCAUGCAAUGUAAAUAAUAUCUAGGGUCCAUGUAAUAUAUAAGCCUCAACUUCACCCCCAGUUCAAGCCAUUAAAGAAAAAAAGCAAAGGUUGUUUUAGAUUUAGUUUAUAUUUACAUAUAGUGUUUAGCAACUAGAAGGAAUAACAAGGUAUUUUUUUUAUAUAAUCAGUGGUCUGUUGCAAACAUGUUUUCAUCCUUCAUUGAUUGGCCAAAAUGACAUGAAUUCAGCCUCAUGUUUUCAUCUUCAUGUAUCAUAGACACACAGAGUAACAUCAUUUUUAUAUCGGUUAUUUAUAAAGAAUAUUGUAUUAUAAGCUAACAUUUCUACCUUGUAUACCUACCUACUAAUGGAUAUGGAUCAUUAGCCCCAGAUCUAAAUGUUUUGUUAUAGAAGUUGGAUGCCCUGUUUAGUUAAAGAAAAAAACUAAAAAGCCAAUACGAAAAGCCCAAGACUCAUGCUGUAAACGGGGAAAAUGUCAUUGUGUUUAGCAAUGUUGUUUGUUUUUUUCUUAUUUUGUUCUUUUUGCUAUUAUUAUUAAAUCAUCCAAAAUAUAUUUUAAUUGCCAUUUAUCAACCAAAUGUGGAUACAAACUUAUUACUUUCUGUAAUGUAAAGGUGAACGCAUCAAAAACUUUUUUUAUUUUUCUGUAAAGUAUGGCACUCUAUGAUGGUAAUGGUCUGUGUUUUUGUAUAAAUACACCACAUAUUAGAUUCUCAGCCAAUCAUAAUAUAGGCUUUUUUGCUGGAAUGUUUGAUAUUUUGGUUAAAAAACUGUAAUAAAAACUUAAGUGCUGAAAUCAGCUGUAUAGCUGAGCAGUCUAAAAUGUAUUGAAAUGAAAUAAGAUAUAUUUUAUUGAAAGAAUCUGUUGAUAAAUUUUGUACCAGGUUAGUUGUUACCAUAGAAGCAUCUCUAUCUUCUCAGAGUAAUGUCCAUGUUAAUGACCUUGAUGGGCUGUUAUUAAUUUAUACUAUUACACUUUGUACUGCUGUUUAUUACCAGGUAGUUACAAUAACUUGAAGAAAAAUAUAAACAAUAUCAAAAUUGAAAUGUAUUGUAAAGCUAUUAUAAAACAUUGUGUUCAAUAUCCACAUGAGUUAAUUGUUUUAUACAAAUUUCAUAUAGUUCUAUAUAAGUGAUAAUCCUAAAUAAAGAAAAAGAAAAAUUCAUUUCCUGGCUUAUCUGUGCUUGUGUUGAUUAUUUUUUGUAUUUGAACAAUAUUCUUGGAAGUUGUGAUGUGCUAAUGCCCAAAGUAGUAUGUUCAUGUUCUAAAAUUUAAUAUCAUUUGUUUCUGUUUUGUUUUUUACCAAACAGAUAUCAGUUAACCUUUUAUAAUCAAUACCAUGAAGAAUAUUGGAUAUUGUGUCUGUUUACACACAUAUACAUUAUUCAGAUAAUUAGACCAAAACAAAAAACAAUUUCAUGUAAUUGAAGACAAGUAAAACUAGUGUAUGUAAUGUGAUGUUGGAAGGGUGGUGUUCACCUUAGUGGAUAGAAAGAUCUGUGGAAAUAGGACCUACAGAGCAGUAGGAAUACACUGUCUCUGUUCACAUGCAACACUUGUAAAAAUAAAUCAUAACUGAAAAGAUAAGUUUUACUUGUUACUCCCAGUGAUUCAAUAGUAGUAUCCUUUAUUUUAUUUCUUAAUUCACUUCUUUGCUUUUUUGUCUUAUCAGAAGUAACUACCUUCCAACAACUGGCAACAGAUGAUGAAUUUUAGAUAUGGGAUAUAAGCUUUGAGCUCUCAUAUCUAUUUCUAAUACUCAAUUAAUUAAUUAGUGUUUCUUUAGUUUUAAUUUGUUUCUCAUUUAAAGUUUGUGAAUUGUGAUUUAAUAUGAUAAAUGGUGUAUCACUACUGAUGUAUCAGUUCCACUUCUGCAGACACCUGAUAUACCAUUUGCACAAUGUUGUUUGUAUUAUAGGUUUAUUUGGUUUUUAUGUGUAAUGCUUUUUGUAGUUAGUGUAGUUGCCUAAAAUGCCAUCCAAGCUAUGGUAAUGCUGUUUUAUCAUGCAAAUCCAGACAUAAAUGCUGACCUAUUUCUUAAUUAGAGCAGAGAGAUUUAAUCAAUAUAAUUGAUUACCAACAGUUAUAUAAAUUAGUUUCUCAUAAAUUAAUCGAUUAAUCAAAAUUCCAAAUAAUCACAAAAAUAAUCAGUUAAUUUACAUUGGUAUUUCCUAUUAUUCCAACAAUCAUCUAAUUGAAAUUAAGAUUUCAGAUUAUUUACUGUUUUAGAUUAUUCCAACUAUCCAAGUAAUUGAAAUAUUUCCAUUAUAUUUGUUUGUUGUUAAGCACAAAGCUACAUAAUGGGUUGACGAAUGUCUUGUGAUUUGAAAAUCUUGGGUUCAAUUCCCAUUGCCACUAAAGUUUCUCAUCCUAUCUUUGUUCUCCUGAGGAAGAAUAAUCAACUGUUCGAGAGCGCUCGAGUUGUGGGUCUUAUUUUAAGUCUAUUACACUUUAUAUGUGAUCCUUUGUGCCAACUCUUUUAUCAAAAAAAUCCUCCUAUCUUUGUCAUUGCAAAGUACUAAGGCUAUCUUCCAUUGUCACUCGUUUUAAACAGCUGAUUAGAGGGAAGUCAACUGGCAGGCAACACUCACUGCCUACUUAAGUAUUAAAUAAAGUCAAAAUUUACUGCAUUAUAUUUUAAACUGUAUUCUUCAAUGAUGUAUAAGUAGGCUCAAGUUUUGUGUCUUUUUUUUAAAUUCAAUUACUUUUUAAUAGAUAUACUAUGGUUUUAUUGAGAUACAAUGUUUGUAAAUAUGAGUUUUUUUAUUAUAAUCACCAAAUACAAUUGUCAUCAAAUCAGAUAAGUUUGCUGUUUGGUGGGUAUGGUAGGUGAUUGCAAAAUAUUCUGAUGACUUGGAUCUUCAUUAAAUACUAUUCAUAUGUUUAUCUUAUUCAAACAAUGUACAUAAAUAUAUUGACUAACUGGCCACUCUUAUUUAGAAUUGCAGUAAUGAUAUAUUUUAAAUAAAAACGUUACUACCCUUAUUGGUGAGAGGAAAACAUGUUUUUGUUAUUUAAUUAUCAAUGUAUUUGCUUUAUAGAAGUUUAGUGUGGGUUUACCGCAUAUUUAAAAAACAGACAUAAUGGCAGCCAUGGUUGAUAUUUAGUUGGCAUUAGAGAUUCAUCAUCCAAGAAUGAAACGUCUGUAAAACUUGCCAAAAAUAUGUUUCUGAUAUGGAACCUUACUUCCACUCAUAUGGAUAGCUAUUUUAGUUCAGUGCUGCUCUCUAUAAGCAAACAUUUUUUUGCAUGUCACAAGUCUGAAUUUCCAUGUACCACACAAUCAACGUGGUUCAAUGCAUCUCAUGUAAAUCAUCAUGGGACAACCCUCUACCAAUAGGAGUGCAACACAUCCUCUUGACGCACGUGACUCCCUCUCUUAGGCAGUGGUCAAAUGCAGACAUUUUUCAAUUGUGCUCUUUUCUCGUGUUGAUUAAAUUUUUUUUUUGCAAAAUAGUGAUUUACUUAAAUUAUUCAUUUGCUACAGUUACUUUUCUGUACUAGUUUGCCACAAUAACUUACCUUUGUUUAUCAGUUUUGUUUCUCAUUUUUGAAAUCUUCAGAGUUUAAGAUGAAUUCCAAAGUUCAUGUGACAAAUAUUUUUCUCACUACUUUGAUUGCCAUUACACAGGCUUCAGGGUUGGGGGGUCUCAGAUGAGGAUUUUUUGGCUAUCUUCUCCCUAUAGUGAUUGGGUUCCUUCUGAAUCUUCUAAACUUCUUCAUGAGAGGGAGGAUUUUGAUGAUCUUUUUCAUCCUAACUAUGCCAUGCCUCUCCUGCAAAAUCUCCAGGCCUAACUCGGUGUUUUUUGGAUAUGAUUUCUCAGGUGUGUUCUGUUUUUCAAUUUCAUAUGAUCCUGUUCCUUCCAUGUUGCAUGAAACCCCAUCUAUAGAAUACCUUGUUUUCCUUCCUUCUCCUGACAUUAGGGUUCAUACUGAGGAUUUUGUUUCAGUUGAGGGCUGGUGCUAGCAUGCCUUGUCCUUGUUACCUUGGGAUUCUGCUACUUGUCAGCAUCUAUCCAAAGCUUUGCAGACUUUUAUCACAGAGAGAUAUCGAGCCUGUCAGCCAGCCUUCUACCAGUUUUUACUCCAGGCUUUUUGUCCUCCCCAAGUAAAUCAGAAACUGGCAUUCUGUGAUCAAUCUGUUGUGCCUCAAUCAAUUUUAGUAUCUUCCUGGCUUUACCAUGGAAUCCUUUCACACACAUUGGUGGGCUUUUUCUCCAGGACUGUGGAUGACCAAGGCAGGCAUCUUGAAUGAUUAUCUCUAUAUUCCUGUUUCUCAUCAGUUCAGACGCUAUCUUCAGUUUGUCCACUGCAGAGUUGUUUAUCAGUUUCACACCUUGUCUUUCUUAUGUAUUUUGUCGGGUGGUGAAAGCCUUUGCCCGACUUAUGCAUGCUUGAGGGUUGUGUUUUCACCACUACAUGGAUGACUGGCUCCUGUUAGCUCAUUUCAAACUGGAGUCUUCUCAACACACAUAUCUGCUACUGACAGAAGCAGCUCAUGUUGGUUGGAUUCUCAAGUUGGAAAAGUCUUCCCUUUUGCCUACCUAGUAUGUUAUCUACUUGGGUGUAUUUUUCAACACCCACCUCAGUCGGGCCCAACCUUCUCUACUUCGUCUCAGUUCGAUGGAGCUUUCGCUUCUUCAUGCACUUGCUUCUCCCUCUAUUUCUGCACAUGACAUUCUGUUACUUUUGUGGACUUUGGCUUCUAUGGAAGCCAUUAGCCCCUUGGGUCAGGCACAUAUGCAUUCUCUUCUGUGAACUCUGCACAAACAAUGGAAUCUUGCUCAGGAUCCCUGGACUCCCAAAUUACCCUUCCUUCUUCGCUUAUAGAUGAACUGCAUUGAUGGUCGAACAAAGACAAAACAAUAAGAGAACUGCUUCCACCAGUUUGUCCAGAUUUGCAUCUGUUCACAGAUGCUUCUCUCCAAGAUUGGGGGCAUGGAUCAAUCAGCAGGAAACUUCUGUACAAUGAUCUCAGAUUAAAAUGUCUUACCAUACCAACAUCUUGGAGCUUUUGCCAUUACAAUAUGCUUUGGCUCAUUUUCUUCCUCUGGUACCAACUUGUCAUGAUCCAUUUAAUCAAUUUCACUGUUGUGGCCUAUAUCAAUCACCAAGAGGGGCACCCAUUCCUUUUGUGGCUGAACAUUAGAACUCCUUUAUUGGGUCCACACGCUACAGAUAAGUCUCAUUGCGUGUAAUGUUCCGGGUGCUUGCAAUUUUAUGGCAGAUCUUCUUUCACAACCCAAUCAAGUUUAUCCCACGGCAUGGUCUCUUGACCCUCAGGUUUUCAGGUGGAUGUGUAUUCGGUGGGAUACUCCUCAUCUGGAUUUUACCUCAUUUUUGGUCUUUGGUUCCUCAUCCUUGGGCCCUGCCUGUGAAUGCUCUCAUUCAGGACUGGAUCAACCAGUACCUUUAUGUUUACCCUCCUAUCUGACUCCUUCCCAGGGAGAUUUCGAUCAUCCAUGCCACACCAUGAUUGCUCCUUACUGGCCGGUGCAACCUUGGUUUCCUUGUCUCAUUCAGCUCCAAGCUACUAGCCCCUUCCCCCAUUGUCUCUUCCUCUCUUUCCAUCAACUUAGUCACUGGUCCUUCAUCCCAGUCUUCCCACCUUUCAACUUCAUGCCUGGCAUUUAUCAGGUCCCUGGCAAGGAGAUCCGGUUUUUUAGGAGUGUUUCCUCUCUUGUAGCACAAACCAUUCGCCCUUCAUUUCUUGAGGUUUAUCAAUGUAAAUGGAACACCUUCUGCCAUUGAUUGUUGAGUCGUGGUUUUUCUUCUUCCCAUCUUACAUAUUUCUUCACCUGGCUGUCUGAUUGUGGGGUUUCUUUCUCUUCCAUAGCUGGUUAUUAAGCAGCCUUAUCCAACAUCUUUCAGUUUACCAGGUACUAUUUGGUGUUUUCCUCUCCUACCAUCUCUCUUUUAUUGUGUUCCUUCCAGAUUCAUAGAUCUCCUCAUCGAGUGUUUCUUCUUGAUUAAAUUGUUGAUAUUGUUCUUCACUACCUUUGUCUGAACCUUUGUCUUCAUGUUCCAUGUUUCACCUAUCUCCUUAUUUCCUACACCUUUUUUGCCUGUGGGCAUCUUCAGUCUGAUAUAUUUGCCAUCAACAUUUCAGAUACUUUGUUCCAUUCCACACAUGUUCUUCUAUAUUUAGACUGAUCUUUUCUACCCGAAACUUCAGCGGCUUGUGAGGGACAUUCUUCCUUCUUGCCAAUUUCACUUCCAUCCAUUUCCCACCUUUAUUCCUGAUCUCAUCUAUACAGACUUCUGUGUCCUGUAUGUGCUGUUUGGUGUCACAUUGCCUGCAUGGUCUCCUUCUGUGGUUCCCAUUCCCACCUUUUUAUUUCCUGGCAACAUUCCUCUGUACAUGACCUUUCUCCUUUUACCCUUACAAGUUGGUUCGUCAACUGAUUUGAUUGGCAUAUACCUCCCUGUCCACUUUCAGAGAUCUAGAUGUUGUUGUAUCAGAUCAGGCACUCUACCUUUUUUCUGCAUCUCACCACCAUCAUCUAUUGGAGGAAGUUCUUCAGUUAGGCAUAUGAAAUACACUUUCUAUGUUCAUCUCCCACUAAAAUUCACUAAUUGUUUUGUUUCUGCAUCACGUACUUCAGCAACUUGAUAAAUUACAUUCUUAUAGUGAAAGAAAGCAAAAAAUAUAUAUAUCCUUAUGUUAACACUACAAAAAUAGUUCCCAAUUUUCUGCUGCUUUACAUCACAUUGUUUACACUUUGUCAUCUUGAUUUGAUGUACUAGUUUGAUUUCAUUGGCUAAGAGAACUUCUGAUUGUGACAAAUACACAUGAUUGUUCUGGUUACUAAUAGAGUUUUCUAAAUAUAGUGGAGAUUGACAUGGAUCAUGAAGUUGACACUCAUUACCAAAAACAGUUCAGUAAAAUUUAUUUUAAAGUUUAAUGGUGAUAAGUUAAUGUUCAAAGUUUACUGAUUUCUUGAAAAAGCUGGCUAUUUUAUCUUAACCAGUGUGGAUCCACCCCUGUGUUAUGCUCUAUAUCUUUUAGACAUUAAAAUUAACACAAUCAAUUGUUAUGUGAUCAUAAGCAUAAAAAUGUUGAUUUUUUUUUCUGGCCAUUACCCCCCCCCCCCUUCCUAUUGGCACAGCAGUAAGUCUGAAGACUUAUAACAUUCAAAACCAUGUUUCAAUACCUGUGGUGGUUACAGCACAGAUACUCCAUUUUGUAGCUUCGUGCUUAACAACAAUUAAGCAAAUAAUUUUGACCAGUGUUUGUCUUCAAGUUGAUUUCAUUAUUGACUCAUAAUUGUAAGGUCACUUGUUAACAAGACUUUCUUGACUUCUUGAAGUUCUUUUUAUAAAAAUAAUGAAGAAUUUUACACUGGUAAAAUUUUAACUAGUAUGUUUAAAAACAAUAUUGUGUGCUUUGCAAAUUGGAUGGUUAUUUUUAUUAUUAUUUUUAAUUUACAUUUUGCUCUCUUUGUAUUUUAUGUGUUUCAUUGGUAAUUGCACUUAUAAGCAUUUAGUGGAUAAUAUUGUAUUUUAUAAGCUUUUGUUUGAAACAGUAUAAUGGUUAGGAUGGGCUCUAUUUUUGAAAAUCACAAGCAUCAUGCUUUUACCCCUUCAAUCUAUUACAAUACAAUAGAAAAUAAUGCCUGUGAAAUUUUAAGGAAAUCAAGAUUUAUUUACUGGUGCCUCACAGGUUUCAAAAGUGGAAAACAAAACUUGAAGGUUUUAUUUUCUGAACAAAUAGAGAUUUUAGAACAGUAAAGCAAUUUAUAAUAUAUCAAACAGGGGUCAAAAGUUGAUGUAAAUGACACUGAAAUAAGGACUAUGUUUGUGAAUGAAUUGUUUUUAAGAAAUGGAUAAAUACCAAACUCAUACUCAACUUUAGGGCUGAAAAAACAGCAGAUUUCUUAGAACCAGGACACAACUUCCAAUGCUGAGAGACAUUGUGGAACAAGUACUGCUUUUGUUCCUUAUUAGGAGUUUAGUUGUCAUUAAACUCUUGAUGAUGAGUUGCACCUCUCUCUAUAGUAUCAAUGACCACUUUUAAACCCUUUGAUAGUUUUUUAGGUGGUUCCUUACUCACUGUCCCGAAGUCAGACCUCUGGAUCAUUUAGAGAGAUCAAAGGCAUUGAAGAAGCUUGUUAUGUGAUAAAUGCACUGGGCUUUCUGGACUUUCCAAAAUCAGAAAGCUGCAGUUUGAUCCUAUUCAGCUUAUCCUCUGUUCCUUUAAGCUUCUAUAGUGCUUCCAGCAUGGCACUUUUCUCAUCAAGAGGGACUAGUUGGUCAAAGAAUUACUAGGCCAAUCAACUCCUCACUCAAGUGCCCUAAUAAUUUUUGUAUGCCACUAUCAGUGACACUCUUGUUGAUUUUGGAAUACUUCUGGAGCCUUUCGAGGAACUUCACAUCACUUAGUGGAGCAGAAGUAGCUAUGGGAGUGGAGAGCCAGGCUUAAAUGUAGCCCUCUGCAGUAGUGAAACAAAAUAAUUUAUGAAUUCCACUUUUCACUUUCACUUUGAAUAAUCUUUCAUCAUCUUUUGUCAAACUGGACAUGAAGAUCUUUGAAGCCAUACAGCAGAUGUGCCAUCCAUCAUGCUCUUUGAAGUCCUACUGGAUCUCAGAAGUGAACUCCCCCAGGAGGUCUGUCAUCCUACGACAUUAUGGUCAUCUUCACUUGGUUGUAUUUCUUCAAGCUGCUGCUGGGUAAGGGUGAGAACUUCUUUUUUCAUAAUUUCUUUUCAGGUACAUUGUGCUACUCUUAAUUUUUCUUUCACAACACCUGUGAUCUUCGACGUCACUUCUUGUCAUCCAAUUAUGUUAAAAAUUUGGCUUAAUCAAUGAGGUCUCACACUUGAAGAGUUGGAUGUCUGGCCCCUGAAGGUGCUGCAAGUGUAAAUGUGAAGACUUUCUUGAGAACAACCUCUAGCACAUAUUAGCAACAUACAAAUGAGAGCAGUUUCUUUCCCAUUUUUUUGUUUCAAGAAGAGGCACACUCCAGAUUUGUGACCUGUGUUUGCAGAAGUCAUGUGAAGGCCAUGUCACAAAUGCACUUCUUGAUGCUUCAGUGUUCAGUAGUUGCACAUACUCACCAACUAUGGUGUCUCUUGUCCCAUUGAGUAUCUUCAAUACUGCAAGGAGGUGAUCAGCUGCCUCUUUGCCUGUCAAGUCAGGCAACAGUAUAUCAACCCAGUGGACUAUGAGAGGCACAUUUACCUGAAAGUCCUCUUUCAAUUUACUUACCAGAUUAGUGAGGUGAUAUCUUCUUACUCUUGAAUUUGAGGAUCUGUUGAUACUCAGCACACUUGCAUCUUGAACCAAGUUGGCUGUUGCUACUGCAGUGAUAUGAGCAGCUUACCUAUAACUUAUCUUGCAAGGAUUCAGAGCAGAGGCUAGGUCCAGGGGGAUCACAUUCUACUGAGCUUGCUUCAUUAGUGAGGGAGUAUUUGAAGGACCAGUGCCAACUGCUGUACCCCCUGCCUCCCUUGCAGUGCCAUCAUCACUGCUGCUUGAGGACUCCAAGUCAACAACUUCCUUCAUUCUACAUUUUCUUGCUUGAUCUUUUUGGGUUCUUUCCUCUUCCUUCUGCUCCUUGACCCCUUUCUUCCUUGUAUUUUCAUCCUUAGAGGUCCUACAGCAUCAUCAGCCAUGUUUUUGUGCAUUGAAAAAGCUUAUGUCUUCCUGUGUGGUCAUGACUGAUCGAGAGAGCAUCUUGAUGUGCAGUGUCAAGUCCUUGUCCUUUAGCUGGAUUUAAAUUCCAGACCUUCAUGACUUACUUUUCUGGAUGUUUUUCUAACUUGGAAAUUACUUGUUGUUUUGGCCUAGUUGGAGUGCCAGCUUUUCCCAGAAAGGGCAAAUGAGGUUGAUCGUCUUGUGGAGCUUUCCCUCACCAUCAAUUUGAUAGUGGUAUUGCCCAUGUAAUUUUAUCAUUAGUGUUUUCAAUAAGAAAGAUUUCCCACAGAGCAACCAUAGUCAAAAAUCUACAAAUGAUGAAAGUAAUUAAACCCGUAUAGCCUACAGUUGUACAUAUGUAUACAAGUACCAUGUUUAGGCCUUGCUUAGCAAGCUGGAAUAACAGCUGUUGUGAAAUGUGUUUGUUGAUGCAUUUGAUAAUCUUUAUGUUAGUGUCACUACACUGCAGUAACAGAUGUGAGAGUUCCACAUUUUCUGUGUACAGACACAUAUCAAGCAAAAAUUGUAAAAACCUCAAGGUUGAUGAAGCAUCUGUAAGUACAAUCUGAUUUUGAUGAAAUUUUGCAGGGGUAAUUUUUGAUAAUUAAAAAAACAACAGAAGAUGAGAGUCAAGAUUUAUUAAUUUUUUAUUUACCAUAUCUAUACUGGUAAUAAGUUUGUGUAGUUUAGGAUACCAUGAAAUUGAUAUGUACUUUUAUAGAUAUAAAAUUUUUAAUUUUUAUCCAUGAAAAUAUCAAAAAGCUAUUAAUGAAUGAUGAUAAACAUAUCUUUUAUCAUUAUAGGGAUUUUCACUUUUAUCAGUUGACAGAAUUAUAAGAAAAAGAAAAUUGAACUUGAUGUUUAAAAAGAAUUAAAUACUUAGUACACAUUUACUUAAUUUGAUCGUCAGUGUUCGAUUACUGGAUUUUUAUUUUGAAGAAGGGAAAAUUAAGAUCUGGGAAUUUCAGUUUUAAUUUUUCAGAAAAAAAAUUAAUUUUACAGGAGGGUGUGCCAACCUUAAAAAUAAUUACCAAUAUUGCAGAGAUAUUUAAUUUCAUGAAUUUGUGUAAAUGAUUAUAUAACUAAAUGUUUUGAGCACUGUACUAUGUGUAUUUAAUUUGUCAUCUCGCAAUGAAAAUAUAAAACAAAAAUGUUACUAACAGAGAACUAUUCAUCAUAAGUUAUCAGUUUAGUGUGACAGUUAUUUAUAUUGAAAUGUUAAAAAUACAAGCUUAUAACAUUAGAAACAGGAAUUUUGUCGUAAAGGCAUAUUUUGGAUGUACAAAAAUGUGAGAGACAAAAUUGAGGAUGAAUGGCACAAAAACAUUGAAAAUAGUUCUCUGGUCUUUGAUACAAUACACAAAGUUGUUUGUGCAUUAUAAUAGUGUUACUUCACAAAAAGUUUCAAAAUAUAAAUUUGAAAUCUUUUAAUUUUGGUAUUGAUAUACGAGUUAGCCUAUGUUUUAUUUGUUUCAUGUACAUAUUGUAAAUUAUUACUGAAUUUAUU